AUGAUGAUCAUUAUGGAACGUCCUUGUUCGGUCCAGGGAUCAGUUACCAUUACCAAUCACUUAACCCAAAAAGUAUUGAUUGUGCAUUGUCGAUCCAAAGACAACGACCUUGGAGCCCAUGCGGUAGACGUUGGGGCAACCAUCCACUGGAGCUUCGGGCCGAAUUUAUUCGGCGGGACACUUUUCUGGUGCAAACUCGCGGUCCAAGACAGGCGUAUCUCUUUCGUGGCGUACGAGCAAGGCGUUGAAAACCGCGGAAUCUGGUUUGUUCAUGACGAUGGGGUUUACGGUACUCAUACUAAGGUCUUCCUGAAGGCUGCAUGGACGCGGCCAUAA